GGACAAAAACGAAAACGAAAAAAAAACAAAGAUAAGGGUUCCAAAAUCAUAUGACGUCCCGACGGAGAGUGCCAGCCAAGACGCGCCCCCCAUUUCUCUAGAGCUCCUCUCAACUGUCAAUAAGCUCAAAGCCAGAGUCUUGACAAUUACAAAGCAGCCAAAUGUACAGAUUCAUAAAUUAGGGUUUUCAGGGGAGGAAGAUGGUGCCCUCGUUUGUCUGAUACCUGUAUUUUUGGGUAUCUGGUAUCUUCUGAAUCUCCCCUCAUGUCGGCGGUCUCUUGCUCUUACUGUCUUCCCCAACGCCCUCUCCUCCGACCCGUCACUUCUCGAAUUCGGUUCGCAAGCCUAUCUCCCGUAUCCCGCCGCUUCCGGAUCCUCGAAUCUUCUCCCAAGUUUCUAAAGAGCGUGAGCAAUCCUAAGAAAUCAAAAUUUUGGUGUUUUAGGCAUGAAGAAUACUCUUCUGAAACUCCCAAUUCUGAGUUCAUCGAGCAUAUUCUGCCUGAGGAGUUGGUGAAUCCUGAAGAAUUGGCCAAUCCUGACAUUGAUAAGUCCAGUGCUGUGAAAAAACUCUGGAAUACAAGUUUGUUAGAGGCUGCAGAUGCGUUGUUGAGAGUGGUUGGGAAGCCAUGGACUGUACCAUGGACAGCAGAGACCAUACUGCAGGUUAUGCUCCUCUGGAUUGCUUCAUUCUGGUUCAUAGGAUCUUGGAUGGUUCCAUUUUCAGCUCACAUGAUGGGUUUCAACCGUGAAUCUCUAACAUAUAGAGGCCAAGCAUUAUUCAGCCUCUUGACUGACGUAACCGAAGGCCUUGCUGGAAUUGCGAUCCUCUAUCGCUGCCUGUCCCGAUUUUUCCCACUUCCAUCUGAUUGGUUUAGAUUUAGCCUGAGAGGGAGCUGGAAAUUGGAUGUUGCUCUGGGAUGCCUCAUGUUCCCCCUUGUCAACCACCUCUCACAGUUUAACCUUAAUCUAUUGGCGCCCCUGCCUUCUCCAAGUGUCACUCUCACUGGUGUCGAGCAGUCAAUUGUAGCACGGGAUCCCGUGGCCAUGGCUCUGUAUGCAACAGUAGUUUCUGUGUGCGCUCCCGUGUGGGAGGAGAUCGUUUUCCGGGGGUUCCUUCUCCCUUCACUGACAAAAUACAUGCCCGUGUGGUGCUCCAUUUUGGUGAGCUCCUUAGCAUUUGCGCUUGCCCAUUUCAAUGUACAGAGAAUUCUACCUCUCGUUCUUCUUGGGGUGGUGAUGGGUGUUGUUUUUGCCCGGUCAAGGAAUCUUCUGCCCUCCAUCCUCUUGCACAGUCUCUGGAACGGAUUCGUCUUCUUGGAUUUGAUGAAGUAGUGUUCUGGUGGCUUCUCAGCUAACAUUGUAGAUCAGUGGGCAUCUGAUGAUAGCAAUUUCUUCAAAAAGCUUAGAACCUCACCAGUUAUAUGGGAUUCGUCACCGUGGGAGGGUAUUAUAUAUAUUGCAUCUGGCUCUGCAUCAGCUAAGCUGAUUGAUUGUGUACAGAAUGUGCAAUGGUCAACCCACUCCAUGUAUAUGCAGUUAACACGGAUAGACCAACCUUCUCUGAAAAAUCCUAUGUUGUUAAGUGAAUCAAUCAGCUUCUUAAGUUUUUUUCUUUUCUUUUUCGUUGUAAUGUUGGGAAAAGAAUGGGGAAAGAAAUGAAAUAACCAACACUGCAUCUUCUGAUGAUCUUGCAUGGCUGGCUUUGUGAA